GUGACUACAUUAUAUAUUCCUCCUGUUCCUUCUUCGAGAUAUGCUUGCGCGCAGUUCAAGCAAUUAGACCGAGACAAGUCCACUUCAUCCAACAGAAAAUUCUGAAAGCCUCCGACUUUCGCCCCCUUCGCCAGUCGAUGGCGUGAUCUCGCAUCAGCUCGCCUACUGUGUACAGCCUUGCCGACAUUGAUCGAAAUGACCUUCAAGCAGCCCUCAGCACUCGGCCCUUUCAAGCCGACACUCAUCCUCCACGGGGGGGCAGGCUCCCUCUCCCGUGCAAAUCUUCCUCCGGAUCUCUAUGCGCGUUACCGAGCCUCCCUAACCAAAUACCUAACUGUCACCCGUGAGCUUCUCAACUCGGGUACAUCCGCCCUCGACGCUGCAUGCCAUGCAGUUACUUUGUUGGAAGAUGACCCUUUAUUCAAUUGUGGCCGCGGGUCCGUCUUUACCGAGUCAGGAACCAUCGAGAUGGAAGCCAGCGUGAUGGUGUCUUCCGUCGACCCCGCCGGACCCCCUGCCGGUGGAAUCAAACGUGCUGCUGCUGUCAGUCUCAUCAAGAACACGAGGCAUCCGAUCCUGCUUGCCAAGGAAGUGCUCUUGGAGCCAGAUGAAGAUGGCGGCCUGGGCGGCACGAGUACGAUGCAUUGCCAGCUGAGCGGGAGAGCGCUCGAGGAAUGGGGCUGGCGGAAGCGGGGGCUUGAGAAGAAGCCAGACCGAUGGUUUUGGACCAAAAAGCGUUGGGAGGAGCACAGGAAAGGGCUUCACCACGACGAUUCCUACUCAUUCAACAACCUCGUUGCCUCGCUCGAUCCAUAUACCGAGUCACCCUUCGAAGAUGACGACUCCGAGGUGGAUGAGAUCCCUAGUCAAGGCACAGUCGGCGCAGUGUGUCUAGAUUCUUGGGGCAAUCUCGCCGUGGCAACGUCGACCGGUGGACUCACAAACAAGAAAGCCGGGAGAAUCGGAGACACGCCUACGAUUGGCGCCGGAUUCUGGGCGGAAGCCUGGGAAGAAGAUUCUCUUCACCUGCCCCAAGUUCGACAGAAGUCAUCUUCACGCAGGGCUUCGGGACUCGGAAAAUUGCCUGUCCUGGACCAAAUCCUGUCACACGCAAAUGACUCCUUGGGAGCUUGCCUCAAUCGCUCUGAAGCAACACAAACCUACGACCCACUAAACGAAGAUCCCCCAACAUAUACUACAAGUAUAUCAACAUACCAAUCCUACCCACCCCCUCACGUGCGCCACCCCUAUUCCUCUUCUGGUCAACCUAUACGAAAACGCCGUCGCGCUGUAGCGAUGAGCGGCACCGGCAACGGAGAUUCCUUCCUGCGUCUCAACGCCGUGCGUACUGUCGCUGCACACUGUCGCCUUUCAGGUCCGCCCUCCGUAUCACUGGCCGAUGCAGUCAAACUGGUCACGGGCCCCGGGGGCGAGCUGCAACGCUCAGCUGGUGACCGCUGGGGAAGGACAGGCGAAGGACAAGGCGGCAUCAUCGGAAUUGAAGUCAUCGAUGAGCUGGACGAGGAAGAACCUCAACCAUGGACGGAUGGCCUCAAGAAGCGAACCGAGUGGGAAGGGUCGAGGAAGAAGAGGGGCCGGGUGGUGUCCGACUUCAACUGUGGCGGUCUGUUUAGAGCGUAUUACGAACUUGACGAAUCGGGCGUGGAGAUGCCCAAAGUCAUGGUCUUCCACGAGGAAUAUUGAUGGGAAUCUAUCCCCAGGCGACCAUUACACACAGUGGUCAGAUACUUAGAUUUAGAGUUCUAAUAUUAAUCAUGAUCUAGAGCAAGAUAUAGAUUGUGAUGAAACGCUCAGCGCUGUGGUACGAAUGUGAUGGAUGGAACCGGGAAUUUUCUUUUUCAAUGCCUUGGCAGAGAUAGAUCAAUCCCUCCGACAUAUCCUCUCUUUUGCCCAUCUGGCAAGAUCUAAGUGGGAGACCGUGUCCCAAGAGAUGCCCGGUAUCAUCAUAGUCUCCUAU